GCGGCGCGUCGGAGGGGAGCGGGGGGGUCGCUGCAUGGAGCCGGGACCCCUGCGCACGGAGGCGGCUGCCGCUGCCACCCGCCCGGCCGGGGACGGGGCACCCAGGGCCGGUGGGUGCCGGGGUCAUGGGUCCAAAUGUCAGCCCGAGGAGGACAACAGAUCUGCUAAGAUGGCGUCACCAAUUGGGGACGUUCCUGGAAAGGCCCAAGAGGAAGGCCUGACCUCCGUGUCAUUGACCAGCCCCAAGACGGAGGAGGAGGAAGUCGCCAAGAUGGCGUGUCUCAGAGGGGAUGUUGUUGUGGAGGCCACCCGGGGGCAUGCAGUAUCGAUGACCGUGGCCAACAUGUUGACUCCCAAUAUUGACAUUCCUGGGAAGGGCCAAUGGGGACGUUCAGCCUCUGUCUCACCAACUGUCCCUAAGGUCGAAGAGGAGGAGGAGACUGUCAAGAUGGGGCCUUUCAAUGGGGAAGUUGCCAUGAAGGCACAAGGGGGACAUUCACCAUGGAUGACGAUGGCCAAGAUGAUACCUCCAAACUUGGACGUUUCUGGUGUGGGCCAGCCGGGACGUGUGGCCUCGGAUUCAUUGCCUGUCCCUAAGACUGAGGAGGAGGCCGAAGACACCAGGAUGCUGCCACCCAAAGGGUCUGUUUACGCGAUGGCCCAAGGGGGACAUUUAACAUGGAUGACCAUGGCCAAGAUGGUGCCUUGCUCCCAGGAUGUUGACAUGAAGACCCAAGCGGAACACUUGACUUUGAUGCCAUUAGCCAUCCCUAUGGCUGAGGAGGAGGAUGAAGACCCCAAAAUGGUGCCACCCAAGGGGGACGUUGACAUGACGACCCAAGAGGGACAUGCAACAUGGAUGACCGUGGCCAAGAUGGACCCUCUCAACGGGGACGUUGAUGUGAAAGCCCAAGGGGAACCCUCGACCCGGAUGCCUUUCCCUAUCUCCAAGGCCGAGGAGGAUGACGCCACCAAGCCGGUAACUCCUCCUGCUCCUCCUUGCCGGGAGCGCCCGUACCGCUGCGGCGAAUGCGGCAAAGCCUUCUCCCGCAGCUCGUCCUGCGUCAAGCACCAACGCACCCACACGGGCGAGCGCCCCUAUGGGUGCCCGGAUUGUGGCAAGUCCUUUGGCCAGAGCUCCACCCUCAACCGGCACCGCCAGGCCCACCUGCCCGACAGGCCUCACCGCUGCGCUGACUGUGGCAGGGCCUACGUGACCGCCUCGGCCCUGGCUCAGCACAGCAAGAGUCACCUGGCCAAGAAGCCCCACCAGUGCCCGCAGUGCGGCAAAUGGUUCGGCGAGCGGUCGAACCUGGUGAAGCACCAGCUGACCCACACGGGCGAGCGGCCCCACCGGUGCACCCAGUGUGGCCGUGGCUUCAGCCAGAAGGCCAAUCUCCAGCGUCACCAGGAGACUCACCGUGAAGCUGAGCUGCACCGGUGCGCCGACUGCGGGCGGGCCUUUCGCCACGCCCGGCGGCUGGCUCAGCACCGCCGGGCCUGUCAUGCGCCCGGUGAGCCCCACUCCUGUGCCGUCUGCGGCCAAACCUUCGCCGCCCGCUCCCAGCUGGCCCGGCACCGGCGCGGGCACACGGACGAGCGCCCCUACCGCUGCGGCGUCUGUGGCAAGGCAUACAGCAUCAGCUCCCACCUGCUGGUGCACCUGCGGGGGCACACAGAGGAGCGGCCGUACCGCUGCUCCGAGUGUGGGGCCGGCUUUGCCGAGGCCGCCAAGCUGGCCCAGCACCGGCGCAGCCACACCGAGGAGAGGCCCCACCAGUGCGCGCAGUGCGGGCGGUGCUUCGGCCUGCGCUCCAACCUGACGCGGCACCAGCGGGCCCAUUCCGGCGAGAAGCCGCACCGCUGCGGCCAGUGCGGCAGGGCCUUCAGCCGCCGCUCCAACCUGGCCCAGCACCAGCGGACUCACCGCGGCGAGAAGCCGUACCUUUGCGGCCAGUGCGGCAAGGCCUUUGCCGUCAGCACCCACCUCCUCAUCCACCAGCGCUCCCACACCGGAGAGAGGCCCUUCCCCUGCCCCCACUGCGGCAAAGGCUUCACCGCCAGCUCCAACCUCCGGCAGCACCUGCGGAUCCACACCGGGGAGCGCCCGUACCCCUGCACCCAGUGCGGGAAGAGCUUCCGGGCUCGGACUCACCUCCAGACCCACCAGAAACUCCACGCAUGAGCGGGUGGGGUGGGGCGGGGGAGACGGCGGGUCCGUGGUUGGCCACGGCUAUAGAGGGGGACGUCAGGAGGCGGUGGAGCUAGUUAUGGGGUUAGUUGUAGCGUAGGAAGCAUGGCUCUGUAGGCCAUGGGGAAAUAUUGGGCGAGGGAUCACGUGUCUUCAGAGCCAUGGGGUCCAUGGGGGUGGAGGUUUCAUGGAUGUUCAGGCUCAGAACGGACGAUGGAGGGGGUAGGUUGUAGCUUUGGUGGGGGGGUUCAUAGGUGGAGUCUAACCUUGACGCAGCUGAGUAUGAGCCACUGAGGCUCUCAGGGCACCGGUGGCAGAUGAAUAGGUUGAGAGAUGACACGGCCAGGAGGGACCAUCGUGAUCUGACUUACAGAGCAGAGAAUCUCGCCCGGUGAUUCCCGCAUCCAGCCCAUAGCUGGUGGGCGAGCUCGAGCGAGACGCUGGGUUGUCGUUUAAGGACGCUGAGCGGCAGAGAAUCCUCCCGCACCCGUGGCAUGCGGCUCCAUCCCUUAAUUAGGAGGCUGGGUUAAAAAUAUGGGUCGUGGUUCUAGUUUGAGCCAGGGGGAGGACUCCUGGGUUUUAUCCCCGGCUCUGGGAGGGGAGUGGGGUCUAGGGAUUAGA